AAACAUAUAAAUAUGGUUGGGAUUUGUUGCGCAUCGUGGGUGCAUAAGCAUUUGACGAAGGAAAUACAAUCCAGUCGCACUUUGAAGCUGACGGACAUAAGCCCAUUUUUGAGUGCGAUUAAUUCAUCUCAGAUAGCUAUGCCCGGCCUGCCAUCACAUCAUGAUUCAGUGACCAUUCAGUCAUUUGAUGACGCAGUUGUUAUUUUGCCUACCAAAACUAAGCCCAAAAAGUUGAUUCUUCGUGGUUCAGAUGGAAAACAGUAUGUGUAUCUUUUCAAAGGACUGGAAGAUCUUCAUCUAGAUGAGAGAAUAAUGCAACUAUUGCAGAUUACUAAUGAUCUAUUCAAGAGAGAGAAAAAGUCGCGUCAACGUAAUUUGCGGGCACGGAAUUAUGCAGUCAUUCCUUUGGGAGAUCAUUCGGGAAUGAUUCAAUGGGUCGAAAAUGCUACACAAAUGUUUAUACUUUACAAGAAGUGGCAGCAUCGUGAACAUUUCGCCAACAUAUUGCAAAAUAGCAAUGAAUCAUCGACCAAUCCACAACGACCUAGUGACAUGUUUUUUGAAAAAAUUGGGAAAGCUUUGAAGAAAGAAGGGUGGGCGGCCACAACUUCAAGGCGCAAUUGGCCCCACGUCGUCCUGAAAUCUGUAUUUCUUGAAUUAUCAUCAGAAACUCCAUCUGAUUUAUUGGAAAAAGAAAUUUGGUCUUCUUGCGCGAGUCCAACGGAUUGGUGGGUAAAGUCGACAUCAUUGUCACGUUCCUUGGCCGUCAUGUCUGUUAUAGGUUAUAUCAUUGGACUGGGGGAUCGCCAUCUGGACAAUAUCAUGAUAGAUUUCGAUAACGGAGAGGUUGUUCACAUUGAUUAUAAUGUUUGUUUUGAGAAGGGAAAAAAAUUGAAGGUUCCUGAAACAGUACCUUUUCGUCUUACGCAAAAUAUCGAGACGGCUCUCGGUGUUACGGGAAUCGAGGGAGUCUUUCGGAUUGCUUGCGAAAUCGUUCUUGGUGUAUUGAGGAAAAAUAAAGAAAUCUUGAUUACAUUAUUGGAAGCCUUUGUCUAUGAUCCGCUAGUAGAUUGGCAUCAAGACUCAUUCGAGGAUCGUAAUAAACAAAUGAUGGAGUUUGAAGAGAAUUUGGGGCUGUUGGCUUCGAGAAUUGCCGAACUAAGAGCUCCUAUUGAGAACAAUCAAAAACGAUUUUUAAGUUUAUUAACGGAGUCCACAGCAGCUUUUGAGCAUGCAUGGGAUCAUCAUGUUAAAGUACGUAAUAAGCAAACCGAAAUUCCAGAACAAGCGGGUUCCGAUCACAAUGUUGACAAUUUGAAACCGACCAAUAUUCAAAAUGAGUUGGAAUUAGACAAUCUUAAAUCUGCUCUUUCUCAGAGAGCUAGUGAAUGUGCAUUAUGGCAUGCACAACACGAAAAAACAAUACAAUCUAUUCAGGGACCAUUACUUCAAGUUAUAUACAAUGAAGUUUUUUCUUCAAGUUCUCAGAUUGGAGCGUCCAUUUUUACCCCUUAUUUGCAGAUUCUGACCACAAAUGAAUUCAUCAUCCAACGUUGUAGUAAAAUUGAUCAAGAUUUCAUGGGAUGGAUGAACGAGCGGAACACGACCUUCAAAAAUUGUCUUGAACGAUUGCAAUUUUACCGUGCCUUAACAAUUCCAGUAACUCAGGUCUUAUUGGCGCAAGAUUACUAUGUGAAAUGGCCACCCGUUUUAAUUACAUUGUUAGAAUCCUCAUUUUCAAAAGAGGACUUUCAAGCAGUAUACCUAACACCGAAUUUUUCAAAUACUUUCAACAGCGAGUUCAGUCUAAUUCGAGAAAACCUUAAGAUAGUCUAUUCAUCUAUCCUACAGGAAAGUGCUUCUCUGGCAGAGGCUUUAACUAUCACUACAAAAAACACAAUAAUGAGUGAUUCUGCUUUGCACGUUAUGCUCAAUAAUAUCCUUAAUGAGAUCGGAGCGAAAGGUUUAAAUGCUCAAUAUCUUUAUUCAACAAGCGUAUUGUCUUCAUUAUCUGAACUUGGUCAAAGUCUUACGGAAUCGGAAGAUCCAUCGGAGAUUUACAAUAAAAUUGGACUCGAUGUUGAUUUCCAAUUUGCCGUCAAAGGAGCAUUGUCCAAUGAAAUCUUGGCCAAGACUUCAUUUUUGAAAUUUGUGGGAGCCUCGUUCUCUUUAUAUCAUCAUGUUAAUAUGGCAAAUAUGCAGAUCAUGAGCGACGAAGUUCUUCAUCGAAUCACUGCGAUGACAACGGAACUUUUACAAAAUAUUCGCAUUAUUCUUAGCUUGCAACAUCAUUUUGAAAACAUAGUUCUUCCAAAGAUAUUUCUUUUGAUCUACAGUUAUCCGCCUCCCACAAUACAUUUUAUUUCUGCUUUACAUGAAUUGGCCGCUAAAACAGACAAUUAUUGGAAUGCAAAUCAUUCCGAAGCGUAUUCCAUCGUGGAAUCCAUGAACCAUUCACUCGCGCAAAUUCGUGGAGCCAUUUAUAACGAAGGCUCCUCGCAAGGCGUUUCCCUGCUUAUGAAUGAGUUUGAUGAGUUGUUCGGAGAAUUAAAAGAUACAAUUCUAAAGAUUCAAGCAUUGUUUAAAGAUUUGAAUCCGUCGCAAGAUGACAAUAAUUAUUUUAAUAGUGGACGUGUGUUGAAUGAUCUUACAGCACAUAAACUCGACGUCAUCUCCUGUGUCCUGAUAGCAUGUUACGAAUAUUAUGAAAAAAAUCAGCAACCUAAUCAGAACACGACCUGGACGUCCUCGAUAGCAACCGCGGAUAACUUUAAAGAAAGUUCUGAUUCGCUCCAAAAGCUUUUGCAAGUUGUUCAUUGGAGUACUACCGAAAUUUUCAUUCCCAGUGUGAAGUUUCUUUACGGUAUUUCCAUCAGUCGAUUAGAAUCGCUGGUCAACAUCUCUAUAGGAAACAGUGUCUAUGAGGAUGUUUUGUCUCUUAUCUCGAACAUGAUUGCGAAGGGAUUGUUUUCUGCUGAAGAGAUGCGGGCUCAAAAACUUAACGUCCAGAAUUAUUGUUUGCACGGGAGUAAAAUGAAUUACGUAGCGAUGAUCAAUCUACGUAAAGCACAAGUUGAAAUGGAACUUCAACAUCGUCAAAUGGAAAUCAUAAGUUUCGAAUGGAUAAAUGAACCAUUGAUUGGAGAGAGUAACUUAAUUCGACAUCAGAACUUGUCACAAGACGUCAAUCGGUUCGCCAUAUUAGAAAACCUCCUUCAAGAAUUGUCAGCUCAGUAUAGAACAAUCGAUACCGAAGUGGAAAAUUUCUUGGCAACUCAUUUGAUCGCCGAAAACGCUGAAGUUUUGCAUUCUUUCGGUGAAGCAGUCGCUAAUCAAAAAAUGAUUUUUGCUCAGGAAUUCGAAAGGAUAAAACACGUUGUGAGUUUAUGCAACUCGAUACUGCACCUGGAAACAUUCCGUACCGCAACCGACAAAACUUCAGCAAUGGAUGCCGAUACUCUUCAUCUGAUUAAGAGACUUGAAUCAGCAAUUUUUGG